UUAAACCGAAGCCGCGGCCGAGAGCGUUUAGAAAGCGACGAUUGCCCUGAGCUGGAGAGUUCAAUGGCUGAGAGUGGUCUCCGGGCUCCGGACCUUGGGGCGCGGCGGCUAAGAGCGUCCAGUUGUCUGGGAACAUGCCGGAAGAGCUCACUAGACGCUGGGAGGCGGCAGCCCUUUUCCGGAAAGUCCUUUUACUUGGAUCUGCCCGCUGGCAAGAACCUGCAGUUUCUGACGGGGGCCAUCCAGCAGCUGGGCGGGGUAAUUGAGGGCUUUCUGAGCAAAGAAGUGAGUUACAUCGUGUCCGGCCGCCGGGAGGCGAAGGCGGAAAGCUGUGGGACGAGGCGCAGAGGCUGCUCCAGCCCCGGUGAGGUCGCCGGGGACGCGCCGUCCAGGGCCGGUCCGCCGGCCAGCUACCCCGGGCCUCCACGGAAACCCGCGGACUCGGUGCCGAUGAGCCGGGGCCAGGAGCUGCUGCAGAAGGCCAUCAGAAACCAGGGGAGCAGCAGCAGCGUCCUGACCAACGCCCGCUCCUGGGGAGUGAGGAUCCUGCGUGUGGACGAAAUGAUGAUGUGCGUGCAGCAGCUCUCUUUGGAUGUCUUGCGGCUGAAGACACGAGGGCCAGAGAAGCCCGAGGGAACACGUCCAGCCGAGUCAAGAACGCGGAGAGUGGCCAGACUGAAGGCACCGUUCCUCAAAAUCGAAGACGAGAGCCGGAAGUUUCGUCCUUUCCACCAUCAGUUUAAAUCCUUUCCAGAAAUUUCUUUUCUGGGACCCAAAGACGCAAGUCCCUUUGAGGCCCCGACGACCCCGGGCAGCUCACACCGCACCAGAGAGCCCAAGGGCCAGGAGGCAGGCCGGUGGCCCACCGCCCGCGCCGCACGCAGGAGGAGGAAGGGGUACUGCGAGUGCUGCCGCGAGGCCUUCGAGGAGCUCCACGGGCAUCUCCAGAGUGCCCAGCACCGGGGCUUUGCCCGAGAAGCCCACCCGUACGCAGAAGUCGAUCGCAUCAUCGCCCAGCUCAGCCACAGCUUCGUGGACGUCCCCUUCCAGGCCCACCUCCCCAGGCAGCCAGGCUCCCCAGCUUCGGAUCGUGACCUCCUGUGUCCUGAGACGCUGUCUCCCAGCCAGCCCGCCUGUGGCGGGGCAACAUCUCCCAGGACGAGGGAGGAAGAGGACCACCAGGCCCCAGGCAGCCCGGGACAGGAUGGGGUGGCGGGCAGCGAGAAAGCACCAGCUGACUGUGUGGGGGCCGGUGCGGGGCCUGGACCACCAGCAAGCGGCCGAGACCUGGGGGCGUCCGCUGACACCACCGUGGACUCCCCAGGGACACUGGUGUCCGGGAGCCCGACUUGCCAGUGCCUUCCGACCAGCUGCGGUUUCGAGGACCUCUCCUCUGGCCCGGACCCAGCGCCUGUUGGCCACAAGCGGAAGGCUCAGUCCCCCGGUGGCAGUGCCAAGAGGCGGCCAGGGGUCUCCUGGCCACAGGCCUCAUUCUUUGCCCCGAGAACCCUCAGCCCCUGUGGCACCUGGACAGCCGAUGGCAGGCAGCUCUUCUCCCUUCCCCUUCCAGGCCAGGAGUCCAGCCCUCUGGCCUCCGUCCUGCCCUUGUGCCCCCCACAGACCAGCCUCUCCCUCCCGGACCCCUUUCCCUGGCAGCGCACAGACAGGCCGGCUGAGCUCUGGGCCACACCGGCCCCCUGGCCUGGGGGAGGGUGCUCCCCGGGUUCUGAGGAUUCGGAGUGCGCAGCCCCUAGCCCUGUCUCUCAGCAGACUGACCGGCCUCCCAGCUGCUCUGCAGCUGCAGGCCAGCUGGCAGCCCACCUGCACUCAGCUGCCGCGGGCACAUAG